UUCCCAGGAGUGUUGCUCAAGGCUUCACCUGGCCAGAUGGGGGUCGACAUGGGGGUCAUGGAUGAGAAUGCCACAAACACCUCAACCAACUAUUUUUCUCUGCUUGACCCCCACGGAACCCAAGCUGCUUUCUUCCCAUUCAACUUCAGCUAUGGCGACUAUGAUAUGCCCUUGGACGAAGAUGAGGAUGUGACCAAUUCCCGGACCUUCUUUGCUGCCAAAAUUGUCAUUGGCAUGGCGCUGGUGGGCAUCAUGCUGGUUUGUGGUAUUGGCAACUUCAUCUUCAUCGCGGCCCUGGCCCGCUACAAGAAGCUGCGCAACCUCACCAAUCUGCUCAUCGCCAACCUGGCCAUCUCUGAUUUCUUGGUGGCCGUCGUCUGCUGCCCCUUCGAGAUGGACUACUACGUGGUACGCCAGCUCUCCUGGGAGCACGGCCACGUGCUGUGCGCCUCUGUCAACUACCUGCGCACUGUCUCUCUCUACGUCUCCACCAACGCCCUGCUGGCCAUUGCCAUCGACAGAUAUCUGGCCAUUGUCCACCCGCUGAGACCCCGCAUGAAGUAUCAAACAGCCACUGGCUUGAUUGCCUUGGUGUGGAUGGUGUCCAUCCUCAUUGCCAUACCGUCAGCCUACUUCACCACUGAAACGGUCCUCCUCGUUGUCAAGAGCCAGGAGAAGAUCUUCUGCGGCCAGAUCUGGCCAGUGGACCAGCAGAUCUACUACAAGUCAUACUUCCUCUUCAUCUUCAGCAUUGAAUUCGUGGGCCCGGUGGUCACCAUGACCCUGUGCUAUGCCAGGAUCUCCCGGGAACUCUGGUUCAAGGCUGUCCCUGGUUUCCAGACUGAGCAGAUCCGGAAGCGGCUGCGCUGCCGCCGGAAGACGGUCCUGGUGCUCAUGUGCAUCCUCACCGCCUACGUGCUGUGCUGGGCGCCCUUCUACGGCUUUACCAUUGUGCGUGACUUCUUCCCCACCGUGUUUGUGAAGGAGAAGCACUACCUCACGGCCUUCUAUGUGGUUGAGUGCAUCGCCAUGAGCAACAGCAUGGUCAACACCGUGUGCUUUGUGACCGUCAAGAACAACACCAUCAAGUACUUCAAGAAGAUCAUGCUGCUCCACUGGAAGGCUUCUUACAGCGGGAGUAAGUCCAGUGGGGACCUUGACCUCAAAACCACGGGCGUGCCUGCCACUGAAGAGGUGGACUGCAUCAUACUGAAAUAACCCCAGGACAGGACCUUUGGGACCCUGAGCUUAGGUACACGCUAUCAACCAAGAACACUUGGUGUGUUGCAUAGGGCAAAGCAAAUGGACAAAUAUGUCAACGCUGUGUUCAGGGAGCUCAGAAUCUCUAAAACGGGUGUGAUUAGACACCAUCACCAGUGGCUGACAUUCAUUGAACAUCUAGUUUGUGCAAAGAGUAGGCACUGGUGAAACCUAUAUAUGUUGAUGAUAUUUAAUAGGCAAAAAGAAGUAACGAUAAAACCAAGAAAAAUGUUGGGAGAUAGCCUGGAAUAAUGGGGUUUCCAGAAGGGAGCCUAAGUAGGCAUCUAAGACUGUGGUACAUGUGUCUGUAGGGUGAGGGUCUCUCUGGACCAUCUAAGUUACUCAUCAGACACUGAUGUAGCCCAUCUCUGGGAUUGUUCCUAGGCUUGAGUUCACUCCUAACAUUUGCAGGGCUGGGGCAAGAACACAAAGCAGGCUUCUGGCUCUUUCUGCAACUUUCUCUUCUCAUCCUUGGUCCUGAUUCUCACCCUGGGCACCCAGGAAAGAAAAGAACAUACAAAUGGUUGGUGGGGGGGACCCAACAAUGAGAUUCAGUGACUCUACAGGCUUACUGAGGGCUCGUCCCUCUUUCUAAUCCACCUCCUUUGUUUGGUGUUUUGAAUUUUGAAUUUGGAAAUUUGGGAUCAGAAUAUCUGAUCCAGCCUUGGCUCCAUCACCUGUGUGGGCCUGGGUAAAGCCUCUUGGUGGGGACAAAGAUGAUACCUGUGAUGGCUACCAAUGGGGUGGUUGUGAAGAGCCAAUGAGAUAAUAUAUGGGAAAACUCUUUCAACCAUGCAAGCAAUCAAAAGAAUGGACUAACAGCUGUGUGUAGAGCCCAGGAGAAGGAAGACUUGUCACCUUAGCUUACGUAUCUAGAAACCUCACCAUCUCCCCCUUUCAUCAUUCUUUGUGUGAAUAUUCCCUUGCUCCUCUCAGCAGUGCUAUGUAUGCAUUAUGUGCCUAAUAGCAUGAUGGUACAACAAGGUAGUGAAAUUUGGUGGCAGAAUUAUAGAAGGAGAUGGUAGCUUGGUCUCCAGGCAGAAGAUGAGCUCAGGGUUUUAGAAACUUCAGAAUCAGAGCAUCUUUGUGAUCAUGGAAGUGUCAACCAUGCCUGUUCCUAACCAGUGUGAAUCUGGGCUAUGUGAUACUUGUUUCAUAGUCUGGUUUUAUUUUCAUGAGUGUGUAUAGCUAUAGAGCAGAUUCGUCCUUUACUUCUUAAAUAAUUCUAGAGCAGUACAUCUAUAAUGCUAUUUAAGUGACAUGUGUAUGGUGUUUCCCCCUCCAAACAUAGUCAACUCUUUAUUGACAACAAAGUUUAUUUUUCUAAUAGUUACUCUAUUUCCCUGGAAGACACAUUUCAAAAACCUAUUUAUUUCUUCUUAUUCAUCAUCCAGCAGACUUACCCUAUGGUUUAACCGGAAUACUCUCAGAGGAUAAAAACUAAUUAAAAUAUUAGCCUAAAGCCAACGUGCUUUGGAAGGUAAUUCUUCUUAUUUUUUUUUUUAAUAAAAUCGCAGAUUGCAUUCUAAAAUUAGGAAAGUUAGUUUUUGGACUGAACAAUAAUAAAAUGAUAUAAUUUGUGGUCAUGUUCAUCUUUUCCAUUAGGAAUACUAAACGUGAGUUGACUGUAUUAAAUAGGAAUUUUUUACAUGUGACAACCAAACCUCUUUCUGAUUUUCAGCCUAAAAUAUCAAAUUUUCACUUGUUUGCCUGUCUAUAAUAUUUCUAGAUAUUGUGUCUGUUCGUGAUUGU